UCUGCAGAUACUGAGCGGCUGUAUUCAGUGGUAUUUCAAGAAAUAUGUGAUCGCUAUGAAAAGAAAUACUCCUGGGAUGUGAAGUCCCUGGUUAUGGGUAAAACGGCGUUAGAGGCAGCACAGAUUAUAAUAGAUGUCUUGCAGCUCCCGAUGUCCAAAGAGGAGCUGUUGGAAGAGAGCCAGAGGAAGCUAAAGGACGUGUUCCCCACUGCUGCUCUCAUGCCAGGUUUCUUUUGAAAGGAAAGACAACUUUG